UGAAGUAGGGCAAAAUAAAAGCAGAAAAGAAAAAAGAAAAUCUUGGGGGUUUCCAGGGUUUUUCCAAGGGUUUAACGACUGAUUCUGAAGCUGCAAUCCAUCAAAGUGUUGUAUAAAUUUCGUAUAAGGUUUCCUACGGUAACGAAUCACAAAGUCCAACUCAAAUCCUUCGAAAUGCGGAGAGCUUCAUCCAAACUUCUUUCCCACCUUCAAAAAUCACGCACUAAAACCCCAGUUUCUUCCCUUUCCAGGGACUUUGCCAGCACCUCUGAUCAGUCUCUCGCCAGCCCGUCAAAACCCCAUCUCAAAUCUUGCUCCAAGACUCGGUCUUUACUCUUCUCAAGACUCAAUUACCAUCGACUUCAGGCUAGCCCAUCUCAGAAUCUCAACACCCUCGUUGACCCAAUUGCCCAAAAUGUUGCCCAGAUGUCAUCAAGGCAGAGGAAAAUCAAGGAAAGAUCAGAUCUUGAGGAGGCUUUUGAGUCUGCUGUGUCUAUUGAUGAAAUGCUCAGGGCAUUCGAAGACAUGGAGUCAUGCUUCGAUGAGAAGGAGCUAGGUUUAGCCUGCUUGAAAAUCGGCCUCAAACUUGACCAAGAAGGCGAGGACCCUGAAAAGACUCUGUCUUUUGCACAAAGGGCUUUGAGAAUUUUGGAGGAUAAUGAAGAUAGUAAUAGUAGUUCUGGAAGUAAAUUGUCUUUGCCCGUUGCUAUGACUUUGCAGUUGUUGGGUUCUUCUUGUUUUAAUCUGAAAAGGUUUAGUGAAAGUUUAGGUUAUUUGAAUAGGGCCAAUAGGGUGUUGAACAAGUUAGAGGGGGAGAGUUCUUACCAAGCCGAUGAUGUUUUGCCUAUUUUACAUGCGGUCCAGUUUGAAUUGUUUAAUGUUAAGACGGCUAUGGGUAGGAGAGAGGAGGCUCUUUCUCAUCUGAGGAAGGCUUUGGAAAUUAAAGAGAACUCUUUGGAGGAAGGUAGUAGAGAGCUUGGUAAGGCCAAUAGGGAUGUCGCAGAGGCUUAUGUUGCAGUUUUGAACUUCAAAGAAGCACUGCCUUUUUGUCUGAAGGCCUUGGAGAUACACAAGACACAGUUGGGGCAUAAUUCAGUGGAGGUUGCAUAUGAUAGGAGACUUCUCGGAGUUAUUUAUACUGGACUAGAAGAGCAUGAGAAGGCCUUAGAACAGAAUCAAUUGUCACAAAGGGUCUUGAAGAAUUGGGGUCGUAGUUCUGAUUUGCUUCGUGCAGAGAUUGAUGCUGCUAAUAUGCAGAUUGCAUUGGGGAGGUAUGAAGAGGCUAUUAACACUUUAAAGGGUGUUGUACAACAGACUGAUAAAGAGAGUGAGGAUCGAGCUAUGGUCUUUACUUCCAUGGCCAAAGCUUUGUGUAAUCAGGAUAAGUUUGCAGAUGCAAAGAGAUGUUUGGAGAUUGCCUGUGGAAUUCUUGAGAAGAAAGAGAGAAGUUCUCCUCUUGUUGUCGCAGAAGCAUUUAUGGAAAUCUCAAUGCAAUACGAGGCAAUGAAUGAAUUUGAAGCUGCAAUUUCAUUGUUAAAGAGAGCACUCACAAUGCUAGAGAAGCAGCCUCAAGAACAACACUCUGUAGGAAGUGUUUCCGCAAGGAUUGGUUGGCUGCUACUGUUGACUGGGAAGGUGGAACAGGCAAUCCCAUAUUUGGAAGAUGCUGCAGAAAGGUUGAAAGAGAGUUUUGGUUCCAAGCAUUAUGGAGUGGGUUACGUUUAUAAUAACUUGGGUGCAGCUUAUUUGGAAUUAGAUAGACCACAGUCAGCUGCUCAGGUCUUUGCAUAUGCAAAAGAUAUCAUGGAUGUCUCUCUUGGUCCUCAUCAUAUGGACUCAAUAGAAGCAUGUCAGAAUCUUUCAAAGGCAUACGCAGCUAUGGGAAGCUAUCCACUAGCAAUUAACUUUCAGGAGAAAGUAGUUGAAGGUUUGGAGGGACAUGGACCAAGUGCACAAGAAGAACUGAAUGAAGCUAUUCAAGUACUGGAGCAAUUAAAGGAGAAAGCUAGUACUUCCGUCUCUGAAACACUUAUGAACGCCUUGCCGUUGCCUCAAGAAGAUGAAGAUUUUUCUGCAAAGAAUCCACACUCUGGUAUUUCAGCUAUGGAAAGAAUCUCUUGAACCGACAAGUAAAUGCGGCGGUCAGAUGCAGAAUCCAGGGAGAAAGAUCUCCUGAUGGGCUGGAUGGAAAACUGAUCAUCUUUCUCUCUCACAUCAAUACCUUCAUCUCCCAUGAUUGAAACAUG